AUGGCCAGCAAGUCGAGUCCUCUGAACACCUUGCCGACUAACCCACCAGCGCAGUUUCUGAAAGAGAUCACGGAUGGGUUCUCUGAUGCUCGAAAGCUUGGUGAAGGUGCAUUUAGAACUGUUUAUGAGGGCAUUCUGCAAGAUGGGGAGAAGAUUGCCGUGAAGAAGCUUUCAGAUAAUGCGCUGGUGGCACCUGAGAAGCAGUUCACGAUUGGGGUUGGGAAUCUUAUGGCCAUGCAGCAUCCGAAUAUAGUGAGGUUACUCGGCUACUGCCAUGAACCGCAGAAGAAAUUGAUCGAGCACAGUGGAAGAUACAUCAUUGUAGACGUGGUUGAGAGCAUGCUCUACUAUGAAUAUGUGCCUAACGGAAACCUUGACAAGUAUAUUUUCGCAAUAAUGGAGGCAUCCUCAUCCGCCUUUAAUCUGUAUGCUCUUCUCCAGGAUCCUUCCUGCACGCUGCAGCUAGGACUAGGAUCCUCAAGUGUUCUUCUCCAGUUUAUCAGGUGCGUGUGGACACUAACAAUUACACAUCAGAUUCUUACAUACAAAACCGUUUCACUGACAGAGGUUAAAGUUAAACAGGGUGUUCUUCCAGAAGGGGUCCGCAUGAUUGCUGUGAAGAGGCUUGCUGAAAACGCACCAGUGCCGGCUGGCAUAACAUUUGAAACUGAGGUUACAAAUCUUAUGGCACUUAAACACGAAAAUAUUGUAGAGCUGGUUCACUACUGCCAUGAGUCGCAGAAGAAAGUCGUUCAGCAUAAUGGAAGAUAUGUGAUUGUGGACGUCAUCGAAAGCUGUCUUUGCUACAAAUAUCUACCAAAGUUGAGUCUUGACAAAUAUGUUUAUGAUGAGCAAAUAAUGUACAAGUACCCAUUACUGGAUCCAAAUGGCCUUCAGCAAGUAAAAGCAUGCAUUAUAAUUGGACUAAAGUGUGUGGAGGCUGAUCGGAACAAGAGGCCUUCCAUAGCGGAUAUUGUUGAUAAACUCAAUGGGAAACGUGUACCAAUUUUUGACCAGGUCUCCCCUUUCCAGCAUGCAUGA